CCCCUUUGGCCUCCCUGUCCGGAAUUGCGUCACUGUCUAGCGCCGGAAGUGACUCCUGCCCCGAUGGGUGAUGAGGACCUGACAGGUCCGGGCCAGCGCUUGAGAAGUAUCGAAAGGGACAUGCGUUAGCUGUUUACCAGCCCCAGGGACCAUGGCUGUGUUUCACGACGAAGUGGAGAUCGAGGACUUCCAGUAUGAUGAGGACUCAGAAACGUACUUCUACCCCUGCCCGUGUGGCGAUAACUUCUCCAUCACUAAGGAAGAUCUGGAGAAUGGGGAAGACGUGGCAACGUGCCCUAGCUGCUCUCUGAUUAUCAAAGUGAUUUAUGACAAAGAUCAGUUCAUGUGUGGAGAAACAAUCCCAGCCCCAUCAACCAGCAAAGAAUUAGUUAAAUGCUAACGAAGCCUGUGAGAGAGAGCAAGUCUCUGACAACUGGGCCUGAGCCAAGGAAACACCCACCGC